AUGAUAAUGUGUGAUCGACUCGGUAGACAUUUGGAAAGUUUGGUGCCCCAAAUGGUUGACAAACCAUUGUCCGAAUCACUCUCAUACGGCGCUUUUGGGGCCGGCAAAACUGGAUCCGGCAGUGCUUUUGGCGUCAAUGAUGGCGGCAGCUCGACAGUCUCAUCAUCCAGCCGGCACUGGCCCAUCUGUCCGUUUGCCGUCUGCCUGACGACUACCCAGAUCGCAGUGGUCACCUUGCUCAUCCUGCUUCUUCUCAUGCUCAUCUCCGCUCUGCUGCUCGUCGUCUACCGACGGCACCGCUUGAGCUUGUCCGCCGUGUCCAGCAGCCAUCCGUCCGGCUCGGGUAUGGGCAUCGGUCUCGGCUGUGGUGGAGGAAAUGCCGCGGAAGAGGACGAGGGCGAGGUUGAGGAGGAAGAAGAGGAGGACGACGACGAGGAGGAGGAGGAGGGCGAGGAGGGCGAGGAGGUGGAGGAGGAGGAGUAUCCUCUGUCGGCGGCAUCCCGGUACCUGACCGGGUAUAAGUCUCGAGCAGAAGAUCGGCCACCCGGACUCACCGACCACUCGGGCUCGGCAGCACAGGCAGUCGCACAUUUGAAUAGCCACUUUCCAGUGUUGCUGCCAUCCGGCGGCGAGAUCUACAACUCCGAGCCCCACCCAGCCACCGCCCCGGCCAUGAGGGCACUUAAAAGCGGCGUCGGACGAUUCAUCCAGCCCUGGGCCUACCUCAGCCUAACACAGCCGAAAUCCCGUCCAGCCCGUCCGGCGUCCGGACAACACUCGGGGCUGGCAUGGCUCGACCCCGGAGGGAUUCAAACCACGAGGUCGGCUUUUCUCGCCCCUCUCGGCUCGGGAGUACUCGAAGGCGAAUAUACCUCUUCCACUUCUGUCUCUCAUCCUCCUCCUCCUCCUCCUCCUCCUCCUCCUUCC